CAGCUUACCAAGCACAUGCGGCCCACGCCUGGUUGGAGCACGGCGAGAAAAACUGUGGAUCCGAAAGGGGAGCAGUGGACCUGAGCUCGCUUCUCUGGGCCGAGCAGCAGACACAAUCUCUGCCCGCUCCCGCUUCUCCUUCCCCUUUGCCUCUCCCCGGCACAGAAACUCACAGGCUAAGACGUCUUGGUUCGUAGCCAUCGGGAACAACUCCACAGCGAGACAGAGAGAGAGAGUAAGAGAUGAAUAAAAGCGCAAACGAACUGCUCCAAUUGGUGAGGAAGUUGGUUCCGCCGCUUUCCCCGGGCUUCUACAAGGGCCAAGCCGGUAGAAUUGCCGUUAUAGGUGGCUGUGAGGACUACACCGGUGCCCCCUACUUCUCUGCACACGCUGCAGCUGUGUUUGGAGCUGACUUGUCACAUGUGGUGUGCGAGAAGCAGGCUGCCGCUGUGAUCAAGUCGUACUCUCCCAACCUCAUGGUCCAUCCCUACCUGUACGAGUCGGAUAACGUCCCUGUAGGUGAGGAUGCAAACAACUGGGUGGAUACGAAAGUGCUGCCAAAGGUGCACGGACUGCUGGACCGCAUCCAUGUUGUUGUUCUGGGCCCCGGCUUGGGGAGAGACGAGUUGAUGUUAUCGACUGUGGAGAAGAUCAUUGCGUACCUGAGGGAGAAGAACACCGCAGUUGUGCUCGAUGCCGACGCUCUGUUUCUCAUAUGUCAAAAGCCAGAGAUCAUACAGGGCUAUGACCGCGCUGUUCUAACCCCCAACAUCGUGGAGUUUAAGAGAUUGGCAAAGGCCUUGGGUGUCGAGCACGAUGACCUGGAAGAGGAAACAAGGCUCGUGGCCAAAAAGCUGGGUGUCACAGUCAUGAGAAAGGGGAGUGAGGAUGUCAUCGUUAACGGGGACAUUUUGAUCAAGAGUUCGUUGCAGGGCUCAAACCGUCGUGCAGGUGGUCAAGGUGAUACUCUAACAGGUAACAUUGCCACCUUACUGGCAUGGGGUGACGCUUAUUCUCAAGGGCUUUGGAGCCAUCCUCAGGGGGAAAUAACAAAGAAUCAGAUACCCGUGUUGGCAUGCUUUGGAGCAAGUUGUGUGACAAGAUACGCUGCGAGAUUGGCAUUUAACCAAGUUGGAAGGGCAAUGCAAGCUACUGAUCUCCAUGCAAAGGUUGGAGAAGCGUAUAAAGCCGUGAUUGAAGACCAGUCGUUCUCCAUACCGGACAAAUCAUCGACCAAAAUCUGAUAUCUACAAACAGAUCCAUCUCCCUUUUUCCGUAUAUACGUGUUUUCAGUUGAUUAUAAACAUAUCAACAAGAGAAAUACCAUUGCUGUUUCACAACUAGACGGUAGAACAAGCGUCUCCAUCAGAAGAAAUAUUGAAACACAUAA